ACGCAAUUAAUUAUCAAAAAACGUUGACUGAAGUAUUGCACGGGUGUGUCGUGUUGUGUGUUACUAUUUUUUCGUAAAACGGUGUAUAAAAAAUCGAGCGUGCAUCACCGGACGUGCCUAGAAAGUAGAAAUAAUUCGGUGUGAAGAGCUGGAGGAGUGCCAUGCGUUGCAGAUUCCAUCCAAGAGACUCGACCGACCGCUAUUCAUAUUAGCGUCCGUUAUAAUCGUGUCUUUAAUGGUUUUAAUUCGCUGAUUGGAGUGCCCUCGAGCUUUUUACGUCCAACAGAAGGCUUUGGUAGUUCAAAAUAGUUACAUGAAUCUACGUCAAUGUACUGUCAACGGAUCUAUCCGGUGCUUGGAAAUGAACGUCAUCGUUAAAGACAUUUCGCAUGAAUACUUAAACCAUUAAAAUCUCAAAAUAUUCCAGUAUUUUUUAAUCAGCUACAAUCAAUUGUUUCUGAAGCUUCAAAUAAAUCAACAAGUUUGAUGGCGGCCAUUAGAAAGAAACUAGUAAUUGUGGGCGAUGGUGCUUGCGGUAAAACCUGCCUGCUUAUAGUGUUCAGUAAAGAUCAAUUUCCUGAAGUCUACGUGCCCACUGUCUUUGAGAACUAUGUAGCAGAUAUUGAAGUUGAUAACAAACAGGUAGAAUUGGCUCUCUGGGAUACAGCAGGUCAAGAAGAUUACGAUAGGUUGCGUCCUUUGUCAUAUCCAGACACAGAUGUGAUAUUGAUGUGUUUCUCUAUUGAUAGUCCAGAUUCAUUAGAGAACAUUCCUGAAAAGUGGACGCCUGAGGUCAAACAUUUUUGUCCAAAUGUACCAAUUAUUCUUGUUGGCAAUAAGAAAGAUCUGCGCAAUGAUCCACACACAAUUAAAGAACUUGGAAAAAUGAAACAGGAACCAGUGAAACCUGAAGAAGGUCGGGCUAUGGCUGAAAAAAUAAAUGCUUUUGCUUACCUCGAAUGUUCUGCCAAAAGCAAAGAAGGUGUAAGAGAAGUGUUUGAGACGGCAACAAGAGCCGCGUUACAGGUUAAAAAGAAGAAAAAGGGUAAAUGCAGGUUACUUUGAGAUAUAAUGGGGAAUGGGCCCGUCGCUGACGGGUGAAUAAAAACAAAAGGAAUUGCGAAGCUAGCUAGUUCGAAGCUAGUCGUAAUGCCGGAGGCCCCAGCAUAAACUUUAACAUACUGAUGAAUAUCUUACUUUUAAUUACUUUACAUAAUUAAACGAUCAACAAUAGAAAUAUGUAAACGCAACAUCCAUCCGGAUAAUAUGAGAAAACAAUUAAUAAUAA